CCCAGCUGCCACUCCGCCGCGCGCCGCGCUCUCCUCCCUCCGCUCGCCCCGGAGGGCUCCCUCCACCUCUCCCCUCUCCCGAUCGUCUCCUUCCCGCCCCUUCCCUCUGUCCCUUCAGCCUGUCGCUGACCCUGCAGCCCCUUCUUCUUCUCCUCUGCCUGCCGGGGCCGCCCGUCCAGCCAACCUGGCUGGAGCGCAGGAAAGAAGCGGCACCCACCCGCUGGGCUGGCGGGGUUCAGCCCUCAAGUCAUAUCUGGAGGAAGGUGGGGUGCCACUACAUCUCCUUUAGGAGACAAUGGCUUAGGGCAGACCUUCCCAAGGUCUCUCCCCGGCCAGUGGCUGCAGAGUCAUUACAGAGUGGCGGGAAGAAGACAGAACAUCGCUAUUCGCUUCCAAGGUGACGGUGGCGGCAGAACCAAGCCGGAGCCCAGCAGCUCACACCCUCCCUGUCAGCAAGCACAACAAGGAAGGGGGAGGACCUGCCUCUGCCUCCCUGGGGUCAUGGACUGACAGGUCAUAUGCACUGAGGGCUCUUCUCUCCUCAGAGCUUCAGAGUGUGGAGUUCACCAUGCUGGCGCGGGGCAUUGGCCCUGAGCAGAGGAGCAGGCUGGUCCUGCAGUGGAGGCAGAUCUCCUGGAUCACCUGCUGGAUUGCUCUGUGUGCUGUGGAAGCGCGCCCCGCUUGCCCGUUCUCCUGCACAUGUGACAGCCGCAGCCUGGAGGUGGACUGCAGUGGCCUGGGUCUCACCACCGUGCCCCCAGAUGUGCCCGCUGCCACCCAAAGCCUCCUGCUCUUGAACAAUAAGCUGAGCGCCCUGCCGAGCUGGGCAUUCGCCAACUUGUCCAGCCUGCAGCGGCUCGACCUGUCCAACAACUUCCUGGACCAGCUGCCCGGCUCCAUUUUCGAGGACCUGGCGAACCUGACGGAGCUCCAACUGCGCAAUAACAGCAUCAGGACCCUGGACAGGGACCUGCUCCGCCACGCCCCCCUGCUCCUCCACCUGGACCUGUCCAUCAAUGGCCUGGCUCAGUUGCCACCGGGACUUUUCGACGGGCUCCCGGCUCUGCGCUCCCUGUCCCUUCGCUCCAACCGCCUGCAGAGCCUGGACCGGAUGACCUUUGAGCCCCUGGCGAGCCUGCAGCUGCUGCAAGUCGGGGACAACCCUUGGGAGUGUGACUGUAACCUGCGUGAGUUCAAGCACUGGAUGGAGUGGUUCUCCUACCGAGGGGGGCGCCUGGACCAGCUUGCCUGCACCCUCCCCAAGGAGCUGAGAGGGAAGGACAUGCGCACAGUCCCCAUGGAGAUGUUUAACUACUGCUCCCAGCUGGAGGACGAGAACAUCUCUCCCGGGCUGGAUGCUCCAGGGCCGCCCUGCACCAAGGCCAGCCCAGAGCCUGCUAAACCCAAACCCGGAGCUGAGCCCGAGCCCGAGCCCAGCACAGCCUGCCCUCAGAAGCAGAGGUACCGGCCUGUGAGCGUGCGGCGUGCCAUCGGCACGGUGAUCAUCGCGGGCGUCGUGUGUGGCAUCGUCUGCAUCAUGAUGGUGGUGGCGGCCGCUUACGGCUGCAUCUAUGCCUCGCUCAUGGCCAAGUACCACCGGGAGCUCAAGAAGAGGCAGCCUCUGAUGGGGGACCCUGAGGGCGGGCAUGAAGACCAGAAGCAGGUCUCCUCUGUAGCCUGAGAGUUGCCUGCCCAGCCCAGGUAGGGCAGAAGGGAGGCCGCGAGGGAUUGCUGCCAACGAGGCUGCCUUUCCCUCCAUCACAGGCCCUGCCUCAGCCUGGCACUGGCCCUGGCCCCAGCUCCCCUCUCUUCUACCCAUAACAGAUGCCUCUGAGUCUUCUGGAAGCUAGGCUCCUGGAAAAGCCCCUCUGUGGGCCUCUGGUCUUUGGAACCCCCCGAGGCUCCUCCUAAGCUUCUGGUGGCAGGGGAGGAAGGACCUCUGAGAGAGAUGCCUUCUUCACUGAGCAGUCCUCUCUGGCCCUCCGGCCCUGGGGCUAACACAGCUGGGUGACCCUCCCUAGCUCCUGUUCACCCCCACCUCAGUCUGAUUUAGGGCCUGACAGGAAGGGCUGUAGGAGCCAGGGAUAGAUUUUCUGUGACUUUUCUAAAACAAAUCUUCUUUAACUGCUUGCUGUGUGAAGCUAGGCCAGCUCUCAAUGGCUGGUGCCAACGUGCAAAUUCUCCAGGCCUGUGAUCUGGGCCCAAGGCAGACACUGCGGCCACUGCAAUACCCUCCUUGAGUGGACGCCAUUCGAUCCUUAUGUCUUUAUAAACUCCUCUGACCUCACUGUUCCUAGGUUCACUUUCAGUCUCCCCCCCACUUUUUUUUUUUUUUUUGGUGUUUUUGAGACACGGUCUUACUCUGUACAUUAAUUCACUCUUGAAUACACAGUAUCACCAGCAAAGUCUCAUGGAUAAAGUCACACAAGCAUAUUCAUUUCUCUCUCUCUGGUCAGGUAGAAACAGAGGUCAUGAGGACUCAGGGGCAUAGAUGCCUCCUGACUACAGUCUUCCACGUCAUGGGGCGGGGCUGGAGUCUAGACAGUAAUACAGGGCUCCUUUGAGACCCUCCAAAGUAGGCCGAAGUGGGCUGCUGGAGGAACUGCCUGUUGCCAUGGCAACCCUCACACCUCUCUCCGGCUGGGUUUUCCAGGGAUACAGGAGGAGUGGUGUGUGUGUGCGCCGUAGGCGUAGCCUCUCCAGAGCUCAGCUGUAGACCACUGGGAAUGCCUCAGCAUUUCUUCCCUGCCAGGCCCGGGGGGGGGGGGGGGGGGACACCUACGGGUCCCACUGCUGCAGCCUGUGGCCUCACUCAGCUCAGUCUCUGCCCCUCCUGCCCCCCUCUGUCUCUCCCAUUUUCCAUCUGUGACCUCCCCCCUCCCCCGCCCCCGGGGCCAGGACUCAGAUGUGCUCUGGGGUUAGUUUGCCUUGGGGAAAAAGCAGGCGGCAGGCUGCCUCCCUCACAUCUCAGACUGCAGGGAUAAAUCGGACAGGAUGGCCACAUUCUGUUCAGAGCCCUCCGCGCUGGGCUGCCUUUCCCAGGGGGCCUUGCAAUUACACUCGGACCGCUCAAGACCAGAGAAUUGGCUAGAAUAGGGACUUCUUGGACUAUGCAGAUUUUCAGGGUCACUGUCCCCUGUUUUUAGCUGCCUCCCCUCCCACACCCCUCCUUGGGAGUCUGGGUCUCUCUGCUGGACCAUGAUCUCCUGCGUCACAUCGGAUCAGGACGCGUGAGGCUGACAGCUUGCUCGAAGACAGGUUUUGGUGGCAAGCACAGAGAGCGGCUUGCCGUCUGCUGUGGCACUGGGCGAAGUCUGCGGGGCAUCAGGCCAGGCCCUCCCCUCCUCCACUUCCUGCUCCACUCGCAAGGGAGUGUGCUGGGGGGUCUCAGGGAUGCCUCGCGGCCAUCCCGAAGGUGGACACACAACACAGGCUGCUUUUCAGGAUCACAAGAUCUCCCUGGAUGGGACAUGGGCUUUCUUCCUCAUUUUUUUCUUUUUUUUUUUUUUUUGCUUCUGGGGUUACCAGAUCUGGGAUUUCCCGAGGGCCCGAGGGAGAACAGAACACCGUUGGUGGGUGCACCUUCAGUUGGAGAAAGAUUUUUAAAGGCAAAAUUAUAUUUCUGGUUUGUUGUUUCAGAAGACCAAUAAAGACUGUAUUUUCCUAUAUA